GGCUAUGGAUUUUCUCGCCAAACCAUUAUAUUACUUGGCUAAGAAUCAUUAGGCAUAUUAUAUAUAUAAUUCGAAAUUUAACUUAAAAAAAACCCAAAAACAUUUGGGAGGAAGAUGUCAAGUCUGCAGGAGAAAGCUCUGUCCAAACUGCAAGGUGUACCAGUCGAAAACAGGCAGGAUGAAUUACUCCAAUACAUACGGGAUAUACAACUCGCCGAAUCUCCAAAAACCUGGUCCAGGACUAAUUUGCUGAAGCGCUUCUUCAAGGUUAGCAAUAAGCCGCACAUGAUGGCUUACUUGAGAAGUAAGAGCGCUACCUCUUUCUACGAAGAAAGUGAGGAUACCAACACCGUUCCCAGUGUCUUUGCAGGAAAACCUGCACCUAUUCCUGAUAGAACAUUGUCGUUUAUAAGUACCCGUGAUCACCAUACUUCCGUGGAAAAUCCGAUUCCGCAGGACACGCCAUUGCCAAGCCCAAAGCCCACAGCCCACAAGAUGUCCAUAUCGUUGUACUGGAAUCGGUUGUUUCACCGCCAAAAGAGUCAGCCCACAGACGAGGCUCCCGAGCAGGAGACCAUUGCCAGAAGCGAGGAGGAGGACAUAAAGGUGCUGAAACUGCAGCAAGAACAUAAUAAUUCGGAGACGGAGACUCAGUCGGAGCCAGAGUGUUUGAGGCCCGAGACCCCCAUAAACAGUGACCAACUUCCGGUUGCGAAUGAGGCGGAAGUCUACUGGAAACGAUGGUUCCACCGUACGAAGAGCCAGCCCAAGGACCAGGCCCAUGAGCAGAAGACCAUUGCUGGAAACGAGAUGGAGGAGGUGCGGGUGCCGAAACUGCAACUGGUGCAAGAUGAUCCAGAGUCGCAGUCAGCAAGCGAUUUUGAAUUACCACCUCAGGGUGCCAGUGAGGAGCAGCCAAUAGAGGCGGAUCAAGAGCGGGUGGAGCACAAGACGCCCAUUGAGAGUGACUAUAUUUCGGUUACUGCUCAGUCUGAAGAUGCGGGACCCAAUCAUUCAGCAUACGGUGAAGUCAAUCUGCCAAUGGACCCGGAGCCAGAGCGUUUAAAACCCGAGAUACCAAAGAAGAAAUUUUAUAGGAACGUGUCCGAGAAAGAUAUUCUGAGUACAUUCGAACCAGACCAUCUUUUUUCCAUUGCGACAGACCCGAAGGAUGUGGAACCCUGUCAACCAUCAUCCAAUGCGGCUGAGCAGGAAGAGGCGAAAGUCUAUUUGACAACGGACCCGGAGGCAGAGGGCUUGAAACCCAAGACCCCAGUGAUAAAACUUGCCAGGCAUGUGUCCGAGGAACAUAUUUCCAUUACGGCUGAGCCAGAGGAUGCCGAACCAAAUCAACCAUCAUUGGAUGGAAUCAAUCUGGUAAUUGAGCCGGAGCCACAGCUCUUGAAGCCCAAGCCGCCAACGAAGAGAUUUCCCAGCAAUGUAUCCGAGAAACAGAUUCUAAGCUCAUUUCAACGUGACAAUCUUUCCGUUGCCGCUGAGCCAGAGAAUGUGGAACCCAAUAAAGUAUCAUCCCAUGUGGCUGAGGCAGAGGAUUUGGAACCCAAUAAUCCAGCUUCCGAUGAAGUCAGUCUGGCAAUCGAUCACGAGCCAGAUCGUUUAAAGCCAAAGACACCAAAGAAAAGAGUUUCCAGAAACAUGUCCGAGGAAGAGCACAUUCUGAGCACAUUCGAACCGAAAGAUCUUCCCAUUGCGACUGAACAGGAGAUUGUGGAGCCCAAUAAGCCAUCGUCCCAUGCAUCUGAGCCAGAAGAUGCGGUACCCAAUCGUCCAACUUCCGAUGAAAUCAAUCCGAAUCCAUAGGACAGUGCCAGAACUGGGAGUUUACUGCCUCUAGAGAAGAUUUUUAAGAAUUUCCGACGACAAUUGCCAACCAAAUUCAUUAUUAUAUUAGUUCAUAAAAUUGUAAUUGCAAGUUUCUCUUAAAAUAAACGCAAUCAUCCUGGCCAGUAAA